AUGAUCAGAUCACUUCAGAAUCUUGGUUUUUCGGUGUUCAGACCAGGUCAGUCAUCAAAGCAUCUCACGGAGAACGAGGUGAGGCAGCAGCAUUCUUACUUCGCUGGCGACCAUGACCUGUCCAACUCCGGUGAAAAUGGUGCUAGUGACGAUGAGGACGAUGAUGGCAUAGGCUUCCUAAAGAGCCUUUUGGUAUUUGGUGAAGACGAUAAGAGGACUUCGAGCCAGGGCUUGACAGAGGCUGGGCUGGUCAACCUUCUUACUCUAUUCCCAGAUAUAUGUCCUCGAUACAUCACUUCUCUCUACCAACCAAUGUUGGCAAGGAAGCCAGAAAACUUCGAGGUAGCAUUGAUUGAUGCGAUCCUUGAGAAGACUCCUUACACAACUCAAAGUGAUUUAAGGCGGCGUAAGCUGGAGGAUAAAGUCAAGGGGACCCACUGGGGAAAAGAAGACAACGUCGUGAGAAACAGACAAUACUGGAAAUGCUGCAAAGCUCUUUUGGCACUUGACUUUCCUCUAGUUCCUGCGGAUUACAUCAAAAGGUCUUUGCGGUCGACGAAGGAAUGCUUGUACAACGCAUACCUGCGAUUGUGUGAAAUUGAACCAACUUACGAGACGGAACCGAACACCAAUAUAGUCAAGGUUAAAAGGGAGAAAGCGAUGGCUUCUUUUAGGAAAAGAUUGGCCAAGUACCCGUUUAAAGCCAUAGAGUUGGAGAUUAAGGACGCUAGAGCGGAACGUAAACGUCGCACGGUUGCACAAGCCCUUAGGAGGCAAGCCUUGGAAGAGGAAAACGUGAACUUUGCUCACUAUACUGCCAUCGGCGGGUUGAUUGAAUGCCGUUGCUGCUAUAGGGAUACUCCUCUUAAUCGAACAGUCUCAUGCAGUGCCGCAGAAGCCCACACCUUUUGCUGGGAAUGCAUGAGAUCUAAUGCAAAAACCCAAAUUGGUUACAUGAGGCACAGUCUUCAAUGCACAGACAUCGAUGGCUGUGAGGCAGGAUUCUCUCAAGGUGAUUUGCUUGCAUCGAUUGGAGAGUCACUGACGGGCAAACUUCUUGAUCUACAACAGUAUGACGAGAUUAAAAAGGCUAAUCUCGGAGAUCUUGAAGAAUGUCCGUUUUGUGAGUACAAAGCGAUAUAUCCUCCAGUGGAGGAAAACUACGAAUUCCGCUGCUUGAAACCAGAAUGUACGAGAGUGAGCUGUCGGAGGUGCCAACAACCCUCACAUAUUCCCAUGGCCUGCAAAAAGAGCAUAGACGAAGACAUCGCACCCUUGCGCAAGACCGUUGAAGAGGCAAUGAGUAAAGCUGUUAUUCGCAACUGCCCCAACAAGAAAUGCAGAAUUCCACUUAUCAAAGAGAGCGGAUGCAAUAAAAUGACCUGUUCUAAGUGUGGAACGGGUAUGUGUUAUACCUGCAACAAGGAUAUUACGCUGGAAGGGCACUCGCAUUUUAGUAAUGACAGAGGAGGUUGUCGUUCGGGGAUAGGAGUCUUCGAUCCGUAUAUGCACGAGAAAGAGCGAAGGACCGCAAGGAAGAAGGAGCUCGAGAAGAUCAUGAGGGACAACCCCGGGUUGAGAGAAGACGAUAUUGGUGUCGAGCUCUUCACACCCUGGAAGACACGCGAUGGUUAUCCAGUCGUAUACACGGACGACGUGCCUAACACAAGCGGGUUACCGCGAUGGCCAGCUUACCCUCUUGUUGAGACCGGUGGAACCCGGCUACGUCUAAAAAAUCCAGCACAAAACGAAGAGGUGGAAGUGCCCGGUAAUUAUCUAUUACAAUGCAUUGAAAGAGUAGCAUACUGGCAGGAGGGCAGCAGAGAGGGCCCCUCGUACUGGGAAAUAUAUGCAUAUGCGCCAUAUCCGCUACCACUGGGACUCCCAGCUGUUCGGCAUGCGAAGCGACCUGAAGCGAACCGUGGCACUACUACGAACCAACAUGGAACACAACAACCUCCUGCAGCUCCGAAUGGCCGUGCUGGGGAUACUGCAGCUGUCCGUUAA